GUCACGCGUAUAAACAGUUGAGGCCUUCUAAGCGUGAAACCAAGUACAUAGAAGAGUUGUUGGUUGUGAAGUAUAUUUUAAAAUAUAAUAUUUACGAAUCGUUCGUACUAAUAAUGUCUGUUACCACACGUAUGUCCUUGGCAAUGGGAAAGCAUGUGGCAAGAAUCCGAGGGAAACCAAAACAUAAUAUGUCACUUAGUACUUCAUGUAUUAUUGCAAAUGAACCAUUGACAAAGACUGUACAAUAUGAUGGUGUUCGUAAAAUAAUCAUGUCAAGUCAAAAAACAAGGAAUGCACUGUCCAUGAAAAUGAUGGAAGACUUGAUUGCAGGCAUCACCUGCAAUCAGAAUGACCCUUCCCUCAGGUGUAUUUUACUGUAUGGAGAAGGACGGGUGUUCUCAGCUGGCCACAAUUUGAAAGAACUGACGAGCAAAGAUGGGUCUGAAUUCCACCAUGAGGUUUUUGCAACCUGUUCUCGUCUGAUGCUAGGCAUCUUACAAUGUCCUGUGCCUGUCAUAGCUGUUGUUCAAGGACUGGCUGCUGCUGCUGGUUGCCAACUUGUUGCUAGCUGUGACAUUGCAAUUUGCUCUGAUAACAGCUCCUUCUCAACUCCAGGAGCAAACUUUGGAAUAUUCUGCUCUACACCUGGAAUUGCUGUUGGUCGUGCAGUGCCAAAAAAAGUAGCAGCUCACAUGUUGUUUACAGGUCUUCCUCUUUCAGCUGAAGAAGCUUUAAGAGCAGGUCUUGUGAGCAAAGUUGUUCCUGCAGAAGAUCUAGAAGAAGAAGUGAGGAAGAUAGUGGAUUCAAUAUGUAACAAAAGUCGUGCUGUCAUUGAACUUGGCAAGAAGUUUUUCUAUCAGCAAUUAGAAACUGAUAUAAGAACUGCGUACAGAAUGGGUGAGGAAAUAAUGGUAAAUAACUUAGCGAUGUCUGAUGGCCAAGAAGGAGUUCGCAGCUUCAUAGAAAAGAGAAAGCCUUGUUGGACGCACAGCUCAGAAAAAUGCCACUAAUGAUCAGCUAUUGCUUCUCUAAUUGUAAUAGUUGUUACAUAAGUUAGUCUGCUUUUGCAUGCAGUUGGGUCUAAAGGUAAGAAUUAUAGCUGCCUGUGGAAUUAUGUUCCAGAAGUAAGAUGUUGCUCAUUCAGAAAAUCCUAAGUAGCAGGUAUAGCCCUUUAAUGGUAUCAUUGUAUGUGAAGGAUACUAUACAUUUUAUUUAUUUUCCAGUUGUUUCCAUAUUGUGUAAAUGAGGAGAAUUUUAUUACUAAGUAACAAGAAAUACUGUACAUAAAAGUUAUUUCUCGAUCCCUCAGUUACUAGUGCUCAACAAUUGCUACGUGCCAAUAAUAGUUAAGGAAUAUUCUGACAAGUCAGAAUUUUGCUUUAAAAAUGAAUCAGUAGUAUAAGAAUGAUAUUCCUAUGGCAAUGUUCUCACAUUUAAUGAAAACAAUGUAGGUAAUAAGUUACAUUUUACUUUUUGAAGAUUUAUGUACCUAUCGCAGAAGAGGAAAUGAUAUGGAAUUAACUGUAGACUUUUUAGUGACACAUUGUAGUACAUAGUGUGUUGCAAACACAAGAUUAAUAAUUGUUCCAAUAUUCUGUAUUUUUACAGAACUUUCUCUUUAGACUGAGCAUGGAAUUGAUAUUUAUAUAUAUAUGUACACCAAAUUUUGGAUUGUUCAAUCUGACAUGAGAAUUUUUACAUCUCGUGAAGCAUACUUGUUGAAUAAUAGCCAUAAUAGUGAUUGUUAUCUCUUUUAGCUGUAGUUGUUAAGAACAGUCUUUGUUCCUUGUCACCAAUUUACAGUGUCCUGGAUCAUUAUUGAUAUUUUCAAUGAAAACUGUUAUUAAGUAACUAGAAGUAAUGUAUUUGCACAUAUGUAAAAGGCUUAUGAAGUUUCAUAAUUUGUAACUUUCAAAUUUAAUUUAGCAAGCAAGAAUUUUUAUUGUAAUUACAGUAAAUGAAAACUAGAAAGUCAUAAAAUGUGAGCUUUCUCUCAAUCUGUUAAAUAACUUAGACAAUACAAGUUAAGUCCUGCCAUAAGUUAACGUAUUUAACUAUUUUGACAUAUGGCAAUACAAGGCUGUGGAACAAUGCUCAUACUUGUUACAGUUAACAUUUGAAAAUUGUAAAUAUUUUAUGAAGAAAAGAAAAGUAGUUUAAUAUUGCUAUAUCCUGUAACAGUGCAAUAUAGAUGUUUCUUCAGAAAAUGGACUUUUUCCUAGUGCUCAUUGGAAUGACUUUAAUAUAAUCGUUUUUUGUGAUACUGAUUAUUGUAAUGUCAGUUUUGAGUGAUAAUUCAUUUAUAAGCGUGAUCAUAACAAAAAUUUCAUGGAUGUUGCUGUACUCUGUGAUGUCCUCAGUAUGUGAAGGUUUAAAUUUCUCAUUCUUCUCUUACAAUGGAAAAUCGAGGAUAGAAUGUAACAAUAUUAUGAAGAAGGUAGUUGCUACGUACCAUAUAAUGGAGAUGCUGAGUCACAGACAGGCACAACAAAAAGACUGUUGGAAAGUGAGCUUUAGGCCAACAAAGCCUUUGUCGAAAAUAGACAACACACACUCACAUACAUACAUACAUAUGUACAAACAAAUGCAAUUCACACACACAUGACCACAGUCCCUGGCAUCAGGAGCCAGACUUCAGCUUCAGUUGCCAGUGACUCUGGUCAUGUGUGUAUGUGUUGUGUUUGUAUGAGUAUGUGUGUGUAUGUUGUCUGUUUUUGACGAAGGCCUUGUUGACUGAAAGCUCACUUUCUGACAGUCUUUUUUUACCUGUCCGUGACUCAGCAUCUCUGUUAUAUGGUGAGUGGCAACUAUAUUUUUCAUAAUAUCAUUCUUCUCCUACUGUUUUGUAUUUUAUUUUCUGCAGAAAUCAGCAUUGAAUUAUCAGUAUUUUUGCUAAAGCAUGCAUUUCUUUCAGUUAUUAUUGCUGUUACAUCUGAGAGCAGAAAAUUUGGACUUUAUUUCUAACAUGUAACUAUUGUAGGAAGGAAAUGUUCUUUAUUGUAUGUUGCAUAUUAGGGCUGUUUCAGUAUGUCAUUGUCACAUGUCUUAAUGUCCAGCACAAUUCAUUUAUGUGGUGUUGCAUCAUCUUAGGUAGCCACAUUUUAUAAAAUACUAUGCAAUUAUUGUGGGAAUUGUCUUGCAUAACUUGAUCUUCAAAACCUCUAUCAAAUGGUUGUCUCAGAGAGGUGCUAUAAAGACCUACAAUUUCAUUGGUAAAUGUCCAGGGCUCAGGAAACAGACAUCCAAAUUUUAUUAUCUGACUAUGCAGUUUAGUGGACUUUUUGAGUGUUUAUGCUGUGUCACAUGUUAUGAAAUCCUGAUAUAUUUUGCCAUGUGAAACUAUUUUAAUUAAUUUGUUUCUCACAGCACCAGUUGCUAUUGUUUAUCUUUCAGAAUUCUGACUUGAACAUUUUCAGUCAUAUCUACACUUCUUCAUGUGUUAUGAAGGCCUGGUAUAUUCAUAAACAAGAGACCAUUGCAGUUCUUAUUUUAUCAGAGUAACAAUAUAAAUUGUUCUCUCAUAUAUAAACUACAAUAAAAUUCCACCAGUUUUGGGAUGAGGUUUUCAAUAUUCCUGCCCAUGAUGUGUUCUCCAGAUCUCUCUCUCUCUCUCUCUCUCUCUCUCUCUCUCUCUCUCUGUGUGUGUGUGUGUGUGUGUGUGUGUGUGUGUGUGUGUGUGUGUGUGUGGUUGUUUUCUUUUAAUUUUAAGGAAUCAACUGCUGAAAACGUUUCUCCUAUAUGAUCCAUUAGCUCCCCUCCCCCCCUCCCCCUCCCCUCACGCUGCAAAUCAGUCUUUGACUGGUUUGUUGUUGAAGCCCGCCAUGAAUUCCUCUCCUGUGCCAACCUCUUCAUCUCAGAGUAGCACUUGUACCCUACAUCCUCAGUUAUUUGUUGGAUGUAUUCCAAUCUCUGUCUUCCUAUACAAAUUUUACUGUCUAUAGUUCUCGUUUGUGUCAUGGAAGUUAUUUCCGGACGCCUUGAGGAACAUGUGCCCUAUCGUCCUUCACUACAUCUUAUUAGUGUUUCUUUCUUUACUGAGGAGAAUCUCCUCAUCCCUUACCUUACCAGUCCAUCUAAUUUUCAACCUUCUUCUGUAGCGCCACAUCUCAAAUGCUUUGAUUCUUGUCUGUUCCUAUUUUCCCGCACUCCAUAACUCACUACCAUAUGAUGAUGUACUCAAAAAUGUACAUUUUCAUAGAUUUCUUCCUCAAAUUAAGGCCUAGGUUUGAUAUGAGUAAAGGCCUUUUGGCCAGGAAUGCUCUCUUUGCCUGUGCUAGUCACUUUUUAUGUCUUCCUUGCUUUAUCCAUCAUGGGUUAUUUUGCUUCCAAGGUAGCAGAAUUCCAUAACUUAGUCUACUUCAUGAUGCCCAGUUCUGAUAUUAAAUUUCUUGCUGUUCUCAUUUCUUAUACUUCUCAUUACUUUUGUCUUUCUUUGAUUACUCCCAGUCCAUAUUCUGUACUCAUUAGAUUACUCAUUCAUUCCAUUCAAUGCAUCCUGUAUUUCUUCACUUUCACUGAGGAUAACAGUGUAAUCAGUGAAUCAUAUCACUGAUAUCCUUUCGCCUUAAGGUUUUAUCCCACUCUGGAACCUUUCUUUUAUUUUCCUCAUUGCUGCUUCAAUGUAUAGAUUGAACCGUAUGGGUGAAAGACUACACCCCUACCUUACACUAUUUUUAUCUGAGCACUUCGUUCUUGGUCUUCCAGUCUUAUUAUUCCCUCUUGGUUCUUGUACAUGAUGUAUAUUAUCUGUCUUUCCCUACAGCUUACUCCUAUUUUCCCCAGAAUUUUGAAUAUAUUGCACCAUUUUAUACUGUCAGAUACUUUUUACAGGUUGACAAAUUGAUGAAUGUGCCUUGAUUUUUCUUGAGUUUUGCUUCCAGAAUAAAGCAUCACAUCAGAACUGCUUCUGUGAUGCCUUUACCUUUCCUAAAGCCAAAAUGAUCAUCAUCUAAGAGAUCCUGCAGUUCAUUUCAGUUAUUUUUGUUUUAUUUAGUUUUUUCCUGUUUUCUGCUCAUUGUGACUUAUUGUAUUGCCCUAUAAAUAUAGAUUUAGUUAGUAAUUAUUUUCAAUUGCUUCAACAUUUGUUGUAUAACAUCUUUAAUGUUUUACUUUUUAUCCCUUCACAAAUAUUGAAUUGCGACUAAUAAAUUCUUGAUUACUGUUAUUUACUUAGGAAGAUGUUACAGUGUUCAAUUUUCAGUUUAUUGACACAACUAGCCUUUGCCUUAUGGAAUAUUUUUUGGUCAUGUCUUUGAUCUUAUUUUCUUCUCAUGUUACUGUUUUUUACAGCUUCAUUUUGCUGAGUAGGGCUACUUUCAUUGUAAUGUUUAACUAUGCCUCGUAGUUUGCCAGGCUAAAUGUUAUUGUGAUAACUCCAUAGAUAUAGUCCAUGAGUGCUUUAUUUAGAAAAAGUGUCAGUCAUGUGAUUUCUGAUGUAUUUCUGUUGUGCAAAUGAAGGUUUUUGUGCCAAUAAACCCAACAAGAUCUUAUUGCAAUAUGUCAUUCCGUCACUUUCUGCAACUUUAAAUAAAAUAUAUGAAGUGCUGCACUUCCUUCUUUUGACCCAGAAUGCUAGCAUUGUUAUUGCUGGAGUGCCUGCUAAACAUUUGUUGCUACUGACUUCAUCUUUGAAUACUUAAUACUUUCCAUCCUAAACAAUUUUUAAAGAAGGUGGUGAAUUAAGCUGAAUUAUCUGAAUAUUGUGGUGUAUUAGAUUUUUAAGAAAAUGGUAAAAAAUUACUUUCACUAAAACUAUGGAAAAAACACUAGCAAAAUCUUGCAGAUUAUUUUUUAUUUUAGCUUAAUUGUCUUCUGAUUUAUUGCAACAUGUUUGAUAUUAUGAGGUGCCAUAAUGUAUAAAAGCAUGCUCUAAUUUUACUUUUAUUUGAUAGAAGUGUUAGCAGAAUGUUACAAUUUACAACACGCAUUUUGUGAUUGAAGACCAUAAAAAUCACAAGAAAUUCAUAACUUUUUCUACUAUUGCAAGGAAAAGUUCUGGCAGAAUGUAAAUAAUUUAGGAGUAAAAGAGACAACUCACGACUCACCAAAUAGUACAAGCAUCUCACUCUCUCUCUCUCUCUCUCUCUCUCUCUCUCUCUCUCUCUCUCUCUCUCUCUCUCUCUCUCUCGAUUUCCUGAUCUAUCACAAAUGCUGUCAAAUUGCCUAAUGGCUUCAUGUUCUUUGGCCAACAUUUGUUUGAUAAUUUUUCUGACAUUUCAUGAGUACGAGUGGCUGGCAUUCUCAAAAUUUCACCCUCUAUUGCUAGAGGUAGAGAGUGAAUCUUUGACCAUGCUAGCCACUCAUGCUGUUGAACCAUCAGAAAAACCAACAAACAAACAUCAACUGAAGAACCCUAGACAGAAGCCAACUGGCAAUUUGUCUACAAGUGUCCAUGAAAGCCUUAAGAGUUUUGUGUUAUGUAUAUCUUUGGGCUAAUCAAUCAUGUCAUGUUAAUUUUGCCUUUACAUCAGUUUUGUUGAUAUCCUAGCUGCCUUUGAUUUCACAAGGUCUUCCUUUUGUUCUCUCAUGUGGAACAACACACAGAUUAGUUAUUAUUUUUUUAAAAAAAAUAUCCUGUGAUUAAUUGUCUUAUUGUCACUCCUGACCAUUCUGGCUACUAUGCCUUUUGCGCCAGUCUUUUUAUCUCUGGUAUUUGCCCUUUUUUAAAUAUAAUUUUUGCUUAUUUCUUAGUUCAGUUCAAAAUUAUUUUCUUAGUAAUGCUAUUGUUCCUGUUCACAUUUUGAAAUGUACUGUGAGAUCUGUAUGUUCUGUAAAUUUAUGUGUCAUUCUAUUCUGACAUUGAUAUUACAUUCUAAGCUUAUGUUCAAAGAUGUCAUCUUGUGAAGUCUGAUAAAAAUACAAACAUCACAUGUUCAUGUUCAAACAAGAUAUUUCCUAAAUACUUUUGCUUCCAGAUCAGCCAUCACUUUUGGAUAUCGUAAUAUAUAAUGUAACAUUGUUUCUCAUUGGUCAGUACAUGUUAUUAAAUUAUGUCCUGAUAUAAAAAUUUUAUUAUGGUCUCUUGCUUUUUCUUGACACAACAAAAAUUUAAAGAAGGCAAUGCUGUUAAAUAUCCAUUCUAUAUUGAGAGUGCCUAUACAUCCCUGUUUAUUUUAGUUAUAAAUGUAUGUAAAUCAUUGUCAGUUAACUAAAUACCUAUCUCUUAUGUCCUGUACAUACAUUACUCUUCUUUAUAGGUAUAAGCACAAAAGUGAAGAAUAGUGAAAGAAAGAUUAUUGAAUGAUUAGGGUGUUCUAUGAGCAUUCAUUUUAUAAGUUUACUCUUAUUGAUAAAAUUUUAAAAUAUAUGUAUAUUUUGUGCAUAAUUUUUUUCAACAUUGCUAGGCAACUUCUUCAGAUCUUGUUCAAUAAGCAAGUCUGUCCUGCUGCCAGUAUAUUUGUUGUGAACCACUCAUACACUGCAUUUCCAUGGAAUGUUGUCCUCUUAGUGCCAUUCUACAGUUACCAAAAUAUAAGGAUGUGACAUGUAAGUAAAUUAGGAUUGUAAGAGGUUGAGUUCAAUAGCUCUAUAUUGAAUCUCACUGUGUUUGUUCCCAAUUUAAAGUGUGAUACUGAAUAAUAAUGUGAAGAGGCUCUCAUUGCUGCUUCCUGUGGUAAACAUCUUUCAUAUCAUCUAACAGCAGCUUUUACUAUCUUUAUGACUUUAUGAUCUCAAAAAGUUAAAUGAGUGACGUAUCUGUGCAAUCCAACAACACAGUAAUGAGAAUACGAGAUCAGAAAGAACAUACUUUUCUCAUUCAUUUCAUUGAGUCAUUUAAGGAUAGGUAUCAUCCUGAGUAAUGCAUUUGACACAUUCUUUUACUGAAAUAAUUAAAAAUAGAUCAUACUUUUUAGAAUCUGUCACCUGGUUUCAGAUGUCCUGGCUGCAGAUCUUUAGAAAUAUGUAGUGAGUAUAAGAGGGUUAUAUGCAUCUGUCUCUGAUCACACUCAACACUAUUAAUCUUUUAACAAACAAUGCAUUUUCCUUCCAGUAGACUUAAAAUGGGAUGGGUUUUAUGUCACCCCUAUGUGAGUAUAAUGAAAGACAAGUAUUUCUUCUCUGCUUACAGGUUUGCACUUCAUGUCCUAGGCCCAUCCUUCAGUUGUGCACUCAGAAAUAGCUUUACAGCAUUUUCAUUCAUUUCAUCAUUUACAAACUGAAGUAUGUUAUAUCUAUGUAGUAGCAUAAAGAGAUCCAUUGGCAUAUUUCUUAUAGGAUGAAUAUGGAAAUGUCCUUUUAUCUAAACAGAUAAUUCUUUUUGUCACAUCCCCAGUCUCACUAGGUUUGUAUACUUCUGUCAGUGCAGAUUCUUGACCAUCAAUAAUUUCAGCUCCAUAAUUUUUGUAUUUUAUGAUUCUGCAAAUUCAAAACAUAUUUGGGAGUUCUACUUUCUCACUACCAUUACUCUAUCAAGUUUUGGCAUUUUUGAGUCAUUACAUCUAAACUCAUAAUAAAUACCUUCUAAUAUACUCAGUAACUGAUUGUCAGUUAAAUUAUUGUUCUUUCUGUCUGUUUAAUGUUAGUUGAUUAGCUGCUGUUUCAAACAGUACUCAUGACAGACAAUUAAGCACGAGAAAACAAAAUCAUAGACUGGAAAAUUUUCCCUGAGACCUUGUUGCUCUACAGAUACAUGUUCACAGCUUCAAUACAGACUGAAUAAUAACCUGUGGAUGCAUACUCUUAUAAGUUCUUCAUUGGCCCAUUGAUCACGGAACCAUGUAAAACUGUCACCACAUUGGUCUGAUGGCUCAUUUUGUUACUUAUAGGCAUCAGCCACAGUAAACUUUUUAACAGAAUUAUAAUCAUCACAAUGUUUGUGAGUUUACUCAAACACUUAGAUCCUACAAAGUGUGCCAUGCAGAAAUUGCUCAGUGUGUGAUCUAAAUUCUGUAAGUCCGAUACCUUAAAUGAUGAGAAAAUGACGAAUAAUACAUAGUGCUUUGGGAAGAUAUUCUCAUUGCACACUCAGGAUGCUACUGGUAAUUACACAGAUGCUGUAGAAUGACACACUUGCUCUGCCACUUCCAUAUUCUCCAGCUAUCUUUCACAGCUCACCACAUAGCUCAGGCUCAUUCUCCAAAUGUUGUAUGCAUGUUUGGUUUAAAGUGUAGUUACUCUCAAAGCAAAUCAGAUGCUGGUAGACUACAUAAUCUGUAUCUCUACAUUAUGUCGUAGCUAAUAAUUCAGACACUGUUUUAACAACACUCCAUAAAUAUACUGCAAUUCACUGCCUCUGUGUCAAUUCAGCAAUGGUAAUUUCAGAGUUUAGAUGUGCAAAAUUUAUGAAAAUAAUAAAAUGUGUAAAUAUUAUAAGUAAAUGAAUAAGGAAAGAUGUUUAUAAAAUUGAAUAGCUAUAAACAGAGUAUGGCACAUAAUUUCACAUGUAUAUCAAGUUCUGUUGUUGUAAGUCAUAAAUAAAGUCAAAUAUUUUUUA